AUGUCGAAAACUAUGAUCAAGGAAAUUGUACCUACCAACGAGAGUUUCAAGCAAAAGCCUGACAUUGUUCAAGCUGAAUUUGUUGAUUCUACUGAUCCCAGCUUUGAUUCUGAUCUCGAGAGAAAGAAGUCGUUUUCUCAAAAGCUCUCCUUAAUCUUUGCAAGUAUUGCAUUAGGUUCCGAUGGCUAUCAAGCUAAUAUUAUUGGUUCUGUGGAAGCCUGUCUCCAGAAAAUAUAUGGAGCAGGUGUGCUUGCAAAUGGUCUCUCUACUCGAGUAAGCAAUGCCAUGCUAAUCGGUGAUAUUGUUGGUCAAGUCGGCUUUGGUGUUCUCAUUGAUCGGUUAGGCAGAAAGUUUGGUAUCAUUUCGUGUACAAUGUUCGUUUGUUUGGGCAUUAUAUUGGCUACUGCUUCCAGUGGCGUGACCCCAACUGGUUUAAUUUGGAUGCUAAUCAUCGCCCGUGGUCUCACAGGUGUUGGUGUUGGUGGUGAAUAUCCUUGUUCAAGCGUAACCGCAGGUGAGGCUGCUGAAGAAUCCGGCCGUAGUCGUGGAAAGUGGUUGAUUCUUAGUGGCAAUUUCAUCAUCGAUGUUGGCUUUGUUGUGGCUACUAUUGUACCUGCCAUCUUACUAGCCAUCUGUGGUGAAGGAGGGCUUGAAGUCGUUUGGCGUCUCUCUCUUGGUCUCGGCUUGUUGUUACCUCUCAAUGUCCUGUACUUUCGCUUGAAAAUGCUAAAUUCCGAAAUGUAUACCAAGGAAGCACUUACCCGCAAGGUGCCCUAUGUAUUGAUUUUCAAGAAGUAUUGGCCCAAACUCUUGGUCACUGGUGGUAUUUGGUUUCUCUAUGAUUUUGUAUCAUAUUCAUUUGGCAUCUUUUCUGAUACCAUCUUAAGUGUUGCUGUACCUGGAAAUUCUUUAAUGCAAACCUUUCAAUGGAACAUCGUUUUGAAUGUCUUUUACCCAUUUGGUGCUGCAGCUGGUGCUUUAUUUAUUGAUCGUCUUGGUCCUAAAAAGCUGAUGGCUUCUGGUUUCUUUAUCCAGGCUGUGAUUGGUAUCAUUGUGGGUGCCUUGGCUCCUCAAAUCAUUUCAAAUGCCUUUCCUGUAUUUGUCAUUUUGUAUGGCUUCUUCUUAUUCUUUGGUGAAUUCGGUCCUGGCGACUGUACUAUUCUUGUAUCUGCUGAAAUGUAUCCUACCGCUAUUCGUGGUACUAUGUAUGGUCUUUCUGCUGCCCUUGGAAAAGCCGGUGCUGCCAUUGGUACUCAAGUAUUCAAGCCAAUUUUGGCUGCUCUAACAGAGACUACAGGCGAUUCUCUUAGAGCACAAGGUUAUCUGUUUAUCAUUGGGUCUUGCAUCGGUUUAUUGGGCUGUGCUUUGACUCUUUUGUUUAUUCCCAAUACAUCAAAGAGUUCCAAAGAGCUGGAUGACGAGUUUCGUCAACUACUCCAAGACAAUGGUUAUGAUGUCAAUCAGUUGGGUUAUGGCCAUCAAAUUGAAAGCAUAAUGGAGACUGCAGAGCCCAAGCAACAGCAACAAAACUAA